GCCACCGCCGCCGCGGGAUCCGAGUGGGGGCGCGGGUGCGGGCGCUCCCGGCGAGCCACGGUGGUGCUGGCUAGAGUGCAUGCUUUUGGACCCAAGCUUAACUUUUCAAAUGUGGAAUGCUAGGCCUUCAUUGGUUUCUGGAAGAAGUUGACUGCCUGAAAGGAAGCGACAAAACAUGAAAAUUGCUUUGAGGUGACCAACAAGUCCAGUGGCCUCUUGCUUCUCCCAAGGUGGAUCUGGGGUUUAAGAACCGUAACUUCAGGUGAGGAAACUCGGGCCCAGAGAGUGGGAGUGACAGCCCCAGUCACGUCACUUGGAGCUGGACCCCGACAGCGGGCAGUGCACGGCCACCUUCAACUGGGUUUGCAGUUGGAGUCCCUUGCAAGAGCCACCCUGGUCGUCCUCCACCUUAGAAGAGCACGUAGAAAUAAACGUGCCUCUGUGCCUCCUUGUACCUAUUCCAGACUCCAAUGGCCGAACAGAGAAUGGACAUUUCUUCAACUAUCAGCGACUUCAUGUCCCCAGGUGCCACCGACCUCCUCUCCAGCCCCCUGGGCACCGGUGGCAUGGAUUGCAACCGGAAACGCAAGGGCAGCUCCACGGACUACCAAGAAAGCAUGGACACAGACAAAGACGACCCUCAUGGAAGGUUAGAAUACACAGAGCACCAAGGAAGGAUCAAAAAUGCAAGGGAAGCUCACAGCCAGAUUGAAAAGAGGCGUCGGGAUAAAAUGAACAGUUUUAUUGAUGAACUGGCUUCUUUGGUACCAACGUGCAACGCGAUGUCCAGGAAAUUAGAUAAACUUACCGUGCUGAGGAUGGCUGUUCAGCACAUGAAAACAUUACGAGGUGCCACCAAUCCAUACACAGAAGCAAACUACAAACCGACUUUUCUCUCAGAUGAUGAAUUGAAACACCUUAUUCUCAGGGCAGCAGAUGGAUUUUUGUUUGUCGUAGGAUGUGACCGAGGGAAGAUCCUCUUUGUGUCAGAGUCUGUCUUCAAGAUCCUCAACUACAGCCAGAAUGAUCUGAUUGGUCAGAGUUUAUUUGACUACCUGCAUCCUAAAGAUAUCGCCAAAGUCAAGGAGCAGCUCUCCUCCUCUGACACUGCACCCCGGGAGCGGCUCAUAGAUGCAAAAACUGGACUUCCAGUUAAAACAGAUAUAACCCCUGGGCCAUCUCGAUUAUGUUCUGGAGCACGGCGUUCUUUCUUCUGUAGGAUGAAGUGUAACAGGCCUUCCGUAAAGGUUGAAGACAAGGAUUUCCCCUCCACCUGCUCAAAGAAAAAAGCAGAUCGAAAAAGCUUCUGCACAAUCCACAGCACAGGCUAUUUGAAAAGUUGGCCGCCCACAAAAAUGGGGCUGGAUGAAGACAACGAACCAGACAACGAGGGGUGUAAUCUCAGCUGCCUGGUCGCCAUCGGAUGACUGCACUCUCACAUGGUUCCACAACCGGCGAAUGGGGAAAUCAGGGUGAAAUCUAUGGAAUAUGUCUCUCGGCAUGCAAUAGAUGGGAAGUUUGUUUUUGUAGACCAGAGGGCAACAGCUAUUUUGGCAUAUUUACCACAAGAACUUCUAGGCACCUCAUGUUAUGAAUAUUUUCACCAAGAUGACAUAGGACAUCUCGCAGAAUGUCAUAGGCAAGUUUUACAGACAAGAGAAAAGAUUACGACUAAUUGCUAUAAGUUUAAAAUCAAAGAUGGUUCUUUCAUCACACUACGGAGUCGGUGGUUCAGUUUCAUGAACCCUUGGACCAAGGAAGUAGAAUACAUUGUCUCCACCAACACCGUUGUUUUAGCCAACGUCCUGGAAGGCGGGGACCCAAGCUUCCCUCAGCCCACAGCAUCCCCCCGCAGCAUGGACAGCACGCUGCCCUCUGGAGAAGGUGGCCCAAAGAGGACCCACCCCACUGUUCCAGGGAUUCCAGGGGGAGCCAGGGCUGGGGCAGGAAAAAUAGGUCGAAUGAUUGCUGAGGAAAUCAUGGAAAUCCACAGGAUAAGAGGGUCAUCGCCUUCCAGCUGUGGCUCCAGCCCACUGAACAUCACAAGUACACCUCCCCCUGAUGCCUCUUCUCCAGGAGGCAAGAAGAUUUUAAAUGGAGGGACUCCAGACAUUCCUUCCAGUGGCCUACUACCAGGGCAGGCUCAGGAGAACCCAGGUUAUCCAUAUUCUGAUAGCUCUUCUAUUCUUGGUGAGAACCCUCACAUAGGCAUAGAUAUGAUAGACAAUGAUCAAGGCUCAAGCAGUCCCAGUAAUGAUGAAGCAGCAAUGGCUGUCAUAAUGAGCCUCUUGGAAGCAGAUGCUGGGCUCGGUGGUCCUGUUGACUUUAGCGACUUGCCAUGGCCGCUGUAAACACUACAUGUUGCUUUGGCGACAGCUACAGUAUCAAAGUGCAUUUCUGAUGGAGUUAUACAGUCUGUGAAGCUUACCGGAUAAGGAGAGAACAGCUUUUAUGUACUGUCUUCAUAAAAGCCAUCUCAGAGCCAUUGAUACAAGUCAAUCUUACUAUGUGUAACUUCAGACAAAGUGGAACUAAGCCUGCUCCAGUGUUUCCUCAUCAUUGAUGAUUAUUGGGCUAGCUGUGGAUAGCUUGCAUUAAUUGUAUAUUUUGGAUUCUGUUUGUGUUGAAUUUUUUAAUCAAUCAUUGUGCACAGAAGCAUCAUUGGUAGCUUUUAUAUGCAGAUGGUCAUUUCAGAUGUAUGGUGUUUUUACACUACAAAGAAGUUCCCCACGUGGAUAUUUCUUAUACUAAUUGUAUCAUAAAACCGUUUAUUCUUCCUUGUAAGAAUCCUUUACUAUAAAUAUGGGUUAAAGUAUAAUGUAUUAGUUAAAUAUUUUUAAUAAAUGUU